AUGUCAAGCCAGAUGCGGCACCCUGACAGCUCUGGUUUUGCUGGACAGGCUCCUCAGACCAUACCUGCCAGUCCGAAUGGUUUGAUUGAUGCCCGGAGAGCACAAUCUCCCAACGGCUCGGAGUCACCUAAGACGGUGCUAGCAGAGGACGCAGCGAUAUCUCCUGGAAGUGGGACGUGGCUUCCUUUCGGAAGCCAACCCGGCAGAGGCAGAGGGAGCAGAGGCAGGCCAUUGCAAGCACCCCUCCUGCCUCCGGAAGGCCCUGAGAUGUCGCUGCAUCGUGCCCUUGAGCAGCUCCAGGCAGCACUGACAGCCUGGGAAGGUGCUGUGAAGUCCAAGACGGGCUUUACGGGAGACUUUCGAGGUGACUGCAGACGGGAGGAGCAUGCCGUGGAGUUCGCAUCUGCUGCCUUCGAGGAUGUCCGGACUUCCCUCACCCAGGAGGGCAUGAUGACAAGGAUGCUGGCCAGCCGAGAUCUGGAGCAGGGUGCCAUGCGAGGGCAGGAGGUUCUGAGGGCUUUGGCCGGUCACAGCCCUUGGGCAGACAAGGAGAAGGUACAAGAAUUACUGCACCGACGCUUGGACUUCCUGCUGAACCCCAGCUUCGAUCCCAGCCAUUGCCGCUUUCCAAGUGGAAAGCACUUCCUUAAGCUAGUCAGGGACAGGAGACGUUGGCCCCAAGCGGAGGCCCUGGCACUUCAAUGGCCGGACAUCUUAGAGCGCACACUCGGACGAAAGGGGGCAGAGGAUUGGAAAAGGCGUGCCGACCGUCUACUAGUCAAGAGAGUCGAUCGGGACAAACGGCACAGGAGCUCCCAGGAAUCUUUUGAACUCUGCGACUUGUGCGUUUCGGAAGGGCGUGAGGAUAGACACGUUCCACAGUCGCCAGGGGAAGUUUCGGGUCAGUUGACCUUCACGCGGAUCCGGGCGUACAACUUGCGCAGCGCAGAUGUGCUGGAUGAAUCCGAUCCUUUUGUGAAGUUCGAACUGGGAAGCCUGGCACAAGCGCAAACCAGCGUGGUUUGGAACAAUGAAAAGAACCCUGAGUGGAAGGAUCCAAGCACUGGUCGUUGGGAGGAGGUUUUUAUGAGAGUGGCCCAUGCGUCGCUGGACCGCUUUCCUCAGCUCCAAAUCUCCGUCUGGGAUAAGGACACCUUCACGCACAAUGACAGCCUCGGCAGUCAGACUCUUUCUCUUGUCGACCUGCUGCAGCAACAUAGCGGGUAUUCCUCUGCUGCCCGUGCUUUGAAGAAGCAGGUGACUUGUGAAACAGGAAGUGUGGUGCUGCAAGGUCCUGGUGCAGGGGAUCGGGGCCCGUCAAUUGAGUUCAGUGUCACCUGGACUCCCGGCCUGGAUGGCCUGGAUUCCUCCGAAGACCCUCUGAUGCUGGAGCCGGAGAAAGAUGGAGCCUUACAGCUCCUAGCCGAAAUGGAGAUGGAACUGCCCCAUUUUCUCAAGGAGUUUGGCCCGAAGUCGGCCGACAGCUUGGGUUUCUUUCUGCAGCCUCAGGACUGCAACACGGACGUCAGAUCCUCCCGGGAAGAGAAGAAGUACAGCAACUCUGAAGUGCAGCAGGUGAAGGACUAUAACGAGUUGUUGAACAAGCUCAAAAACCGCCUUCAACAUCAUCACUUAAACUUCCGCGAGAUGAACGAUCUCGUGCAGGAGCUUCAAGAAGUUGAGACACGGGCAGGGCAUGGCGCAGGGCGACGAAUCUUUGCGUUUCAGGACGAAGAUCUGCCCAUCAUCGGCGAGUGGAGCACGGACAGACGAAGGCAAUUGCGCAAUCAGCUGUUUCUUGCAAAGCUGGACGCCGGCAUAGUCGCCCCAGUUGAAAGAGGCUGGAAUUUCCACCUCUUGCUUGUGCUCAUUUUCCUUGCUGUGUUCUUCAGCUUGCUCAGCUUGCUAUUGCUGACAUACAUGCGAGACGAAGACGGUCGCGGGUGGAUUGUAGUUCUCGUAAGUCUUGCAGGCUUUGGGUCCGUAGCCGUGGUGAUAACUCUUUCGCUUCCAAUAUGGAAGCCUUACUUUGACAAGCCGAGACCUGGCGCAAGCUACCAUCCCGUAGCCGAAAGCGCCUGA